GUACAACCCAUCACAAUUGUGGAACUACCUGGCAGUCGCAGCACAGUGGGAAUCACCAGCUCACAAUUGCAAGAAUCUAGACGUCCACUGGCCGAAGGCUAGAGUUCUGUGA